GGCGCGCAGGAAGUGCCGCUGCGGUGGGCGGGAAGGGGCCGGCUCGGCCUUGCCCUCACGUCCGGGUUGGCCCGGGCCCAGCGGCAGCGGCCGGCGCGGAGCGCGGGACAGAAGGUUUGGAAGAGCAGUUGCUUUGGUCUUGAAUACCUACAGAGCUGAGGACAUAGUUGUGUGUUCCACUGGCUUCAAAUACAGAAGAAGCAGUGAAGAGUGACAUAGUUGUACGGAGCUGAGAGGAUCCCUACACGUGACUGAUCUAUGAAAUGGCAGAGAAUGGAACAGAUUGUGACCAGAGACGCAUAGGAAUGACCAAAGAGCAGCACAAUGGAAACUUCACAGAGUCCUCUUUGAGCGAGCGGAAGCGAAGGGACCGAGAAGAGAGGUUGAACAUUGUCCUGUGGAAACAACCUCUCGUUACCUUGCAGUAUUUUUUCCUGGAAACUCUAAUAAACUUGAAGGAAUGGACUAUAAAAUUGUGGCACCGGCGCAGCAUCGUGCUGUGUGUUUUACUGACGCUUGCCGUGCUCACAGCUACGUAUUACAUUGAAGGAGCACAUCAACAGUAUGUGCGGUAUAUGGAGAAAAAGUUCUUCUGGUGUGCCUACUGGGUAGGAUUAGGCAUUCUGUCCUCUGUUGGACUUGGAACAGGUCUCCACACCUUUCUGCUCUAUUUGGGUCCACACAUAGCAUCAGUUACUCUUGCUGCCUAUGAAUGUAACUCAGUUAAUUUUCCUGAGCCACCUUACCCAGAUCAGAUUAUCUGCCCUGAUGAGGGGACAGCUGAAGGAUCCAUCUCUUUAUGGGCUAUCAUCUCAAAAGUCAGGCUGGAGGCCUGCAUGUGGGGUGCUGGCACGGCCAUUGGGGAGCUGCCUCCAUACUUUAUGGCGAGGGCGGCUCGACUCUCUGGUGCUGAACCUGAUGAUGAGGAAUACCAGGAAUUUGAGGAGAUGCUGGAACAUGCACAGACUGCACAAGAUUUUGCUACCCGGGCCAAAUUGGCUGUCCAGAACCUGGUGCAGAGGGUUGGGUUCUUUGGCAUUUUGGCCUGUGCUUCAAUCCCAAACCCUCUCUUCGACCUGGCUGGGAUAACUUGUGGACACUUUCUGGUUCCCUUCUGGACCUUCUUUGGUGCAACCUUGAUUGGGAAAGCAGUCAUUAAAAUGCACAUCCAGAAACUCUUCGUUAUUAUAACAUUCAGCAAGCAUAUAGUGGAGCAGAUGGUGUCCCUCAUCGGUGCUAUCCCAAGUAUAGGUCCUUCUCUUCAGAAGCCAUUUCAAGAAUAUUUGGAAGCUCAGAGGAUAAAACUUCACCACAAAUCUGACAGUGGCGUGCCACAGGGGGAAAAUUGGCUCUCCUGGAUGUGAAAAUUGGUGAUUUUCAUGGUUUGUUAUUUUAUCUUGUCUAUAAUCAUCAUGGCCCAGAGCUAUGCCAAACGACUGCAACAGAAGAUGUACUCUGAAGAAAAAACCAAAUGAGCUCGGGAAAACCCCCUUGGAAUGGGUUUUAGGAGACAGGGAAAAAAUGGCACCUCUUUCACAUGUCUAACAAAAAAAAUCAGCGUUAUUCAAAACGGGGAAAACUUUUGUACCAUCUGAUUUUCAACUCUAACGAGUUUUUAUUUAAUUUGGAAAGUAAUUUGGAUUAUUAGGCACAUGUUUUUGAGA